AAAAAAGAAGCAAAACAAAAGAUAAAGCAGGAAAUAAAAAACAAAGGGGUUUCCAAAAAUUGUUGACUCCCUUAAGAAACUUUCUUUCAAUUUCCCAGAUUUGCUCAAAUUCGAGUGUUUCCUCUUCUUCGUUUUUUGACUCGUUCGAUUUCAACUCAAUUUCUUAUAGCUUCAGAGAUUUGAUCAUUGCAAUGGAGAAUCCUCCAGCAGAGAAGCUGUUGAAGAAGAUACGGGAGCUUGAAGAAAGCCAAGAGGAUCUAAAGCGAGAGAUGUCUAAGCUCAAAGUAACUGCUGAGAUUAAGCGUCGUUCGCAUUCUUCUUCUCCUAAACGGCCUUCCAGGCGAAACACUGGAGACGGAACUCCGCUGUGGAGAAAGAGUGGUGCCGCAUCGUUCCGUCACGCUUCUCCGUUACGGAAGGAGAGUCAUACGAAAGCCGGAGCUGCUGGUGGUGGUGGUGGUGGAGAGGGAGGACCAUCGGCAGGCAAGUUCAACGAUAAACAGUAUUUGAAUAUUUUGCAGUCUAUGGCUCAAGCUGUUCAUGUCUUCGAUCUUAAUGGCCAAAUUAUCUUUUGGAACUCGAUGGCGGAAAAGCUUUAUGGUUUCUCAGCUGCGGAAGCACUAGGGAAGGACUCGAUUAAUAUACUUGUAGAUGGUCAGGAUGCUGCUGUUGCGCAAAAUAUAUUUCAGCGUUGCAGUAGUGGAGAGAGUUGGACUGGCGAGUUUCCUGUCAAGAACAAAGCAGGAGAGAGAUUUUCGGUUGUGACUACGAUUUCUCCUUUCUAUGAUGAUGAUGGUUCUCUUAUUGGGAUUAUAUGUAUCACUAAUGAUUCGGCACUCUUUCAACGCCCGAAAGUUCCUCCAGCUAAAGCAAGGUGGCAAGAAGGGGAAACGAGCUUUAGUCGGGGAACGAAUGGUGUUGCAUCUAGGCUUGGUCUUGACUCCAAAGAGGCCGUUGUAUCAAAACUUGGCCUUGAUUCUCAGCAGCCUAUACAAGUUGCUAUAGCAUCUAAGAUAUCAGAUUUGGCAUCCAAGGUGGGCAACAAGGUCAAGUCAAAAAUGCGAGCAGGUGAUAAUAACACUGCACACCACGGGGAUGGAAAUGUGGACAGUCAUCAGUCUGAUCAGGGUUUCUUCGAUGCUGCUUUCUCUGACCAGAGGGAGGAUGCAGCAACAAGUGGCCCUAGCACACCUAGGGGGAAUUUAAUCCAACCUCCUUUUGGUGUGUUCUUAUGUAAUGAAGAGAAGUCUUCUUCGAAACCCUCCAGAGAUUCAAGUGAUGAAAAUGUUGGAAACUCUGUUAUACCUAAGACACUUACCUCAAAAACUGAAGAAUGGAUGGUGAAGAAAGGGUUCUCAUGGCCAUGGAAAGGGGAUCAACAGGAAGAUUUGGAGAGACAGCGUGCUCAUUCUGUGUGGCCGUGGGUGCAGAAUGUAAAACCAAAUGAAGAAGCUCAUCAUAGUAAGUCUGAAAGCCAGACAUGUGAGAGUAAUAAACCUGCCAACAACGAGGGUGUGGGUUCUAUUAAUGUGAACAGCGCAAGCAGUGCUAGCAGCUGUGGUAGUACCAGCAGUACUGUUAAGAACAAGGUUGAUAUGGAUAGCGACUGUUUGGACUAUGAAAUCUUAUGGGAGGAUUUGACAAUUGGAGAACAAAUCGGGCAAGGUUCAUGUGGAACUGUCUAUCAUGGUCUAUGGUUUGGAUCUGAUGUGGCUGUAAAGGUGUUCUCCAAACAAGAUUAUUCAGAAGAGAUCAUUACAUCUUUUAGACAAGAGGUAUCGUUGAUGAAAAGACUUAGACAUCCAAAUGUUCUGCUGUUUAUGGGAGCUGUGGCAUCACCUCAGCGUCUUUGUAUAGUGACAGAGUUUCUUCCACGUGGAAGUCUCUUUCGUUUGCUGCAGAGGAACAAGUCAAAACUGGAUUUGAGGCGACGUAUCCAUAUGGCCUCAGACAUUGCUCGUGGCAUGAACUAUCUUCACCACUGUAGUCCACCCAUCAUUCACCGUGACCUGAAGUCGUCAAACCUACUGGUUGAUCGAAACUGGACCGUGAAGGUUGCUGACUUUGGUCUUUCUCGCAUCAAGCAUGAGACGUAUCUCACUACAAAUGGAAGGGGAACGCCGCAAUGGAUGGCACCAGAAGUUCUUCGAAAUGAGGCUGCUGAUGAAAAGUCCGAUGUUUAUAGCUUUGGAGUAGUACUAUGGGAGCUUGUGACAGAGAAGAUCCCAUGGGAAAAUCUAAAUGCUAUGCAGGUGAUUGGAGCAGUGGGGUUCAUGAACCAGAGGCUGGAAGUCCCAAAGGACGUUGACCCUCAGUGGAUUUCAUUAAUGGAAAGCUGCUGGCAUAGUGAACCGCAGUGUAGACCGUCGUUCCAAGAACUGAUGGACAAACUAAGAGAUCUUCAAAGAAAAUACGCUAUACAGUUCCAAGCCGCUCGUGCUGCAUCGAUAGACAACUCUUCUUCUCUAAAAGAAAAAUAAACACGAAGAGCAGAGAAUCUGAAUAUCAUUUCGUGUUCAAGACGACGAAAGAAGAAGCUUAUGGUACAAAAUAAAGAAGUUUGAUGGAAGAACAAUGAAGAGAAGCAUCUAAAGAAGACUUUGAUAUGCUCUCUCCCUCUCAGUGGUAAAGAUGCUACUCAAAGAAAUUCUUUGUAUGGAGUUCAAUUCGAAAUCAGUCAAUGUGUUUGCGAUGAGAGCUACAAAAAGAUAUACAUAUAUUAACCGUGCCAAUCUAUUUAUGUAAUUCAUAGUGAGAGGCAAACCCAGUUUUAAGCAUUCUGUACAGGUGACAAAACCAUGAUUUGUAAACCUGAUUUUUAGUAAAUAGUGUCACAUUUAUUUGUGGAAA